UUGCUUAUAUGCUCGUUUUGCUUUCUCAUACUCUGGCCCCCGAGCAACAACCAAAGUCUGCUUGUCCCGCACUGCAGCCACUUCGACAACAUGAGAACGACUUGAGCAUUGCGGGAGUUCGAUUCCUUCGUUGGUAUGAGGUGGAGAGCGGAAGAGUAAGGACAACCGGCCGAUGAUUGCGUCUGGACGUGAACUCGCAGGCACUGUGGGAUGGGGUUCGGCCCCUUCCUCUGUGCCAAGUCGGGAUCGGGGGGGAAGUGAGGAAAGGCGAGCUAGGGGCACAUGUGGAUCUAACCGCGACCGGGAAUGUUGCUCAAGUCCAUUUGGUGCAUUAUUUUCAGGUGGAAAGCUGUGAAUGAGUGAUGACAGGCGAGCGAUGAGUGCGUGCAAUUGGAACCCCAAAGGCCUUGAGGAUUGUGGAAGUUCGGUC